CUGCUGUGCCUCGCCAUGUCCGCGAUGCUGUUCGCGGAGAAGGUGUACAUGGCCGUGGUCGUGCUCGCGGUGCGGCUGCUCGGCCGCCGCCCCGAGCGGCAGUACCGGUCGGAGCCCGUGGGCGACGACGACCCCGAGCUCGGCAGCGCCGCCUACCCCAUGGUCCUCGUCCAGAUACCCAUGUACAACGAGCGCGAGGUGUACCAGCUGUCGAUCGGGGCGGCGUGCGGGCUCUCAUGGCCGUCCGAUCGGAUCGUCGUCCAGGUGCUCGACGACUCCACAGAUCCCGUCAUCAAGGAGCUGGUGCAGGUGGAGUGCCGGCGCUGGGUGAGGAAGGGCGUGAACAUCAAGUACGAGAUCCGGGACAACCGGCGCGGGUACAAGGCCGGCGCGCUCAAGGAAGGCAUGAAGCACGGCUACGUCAAAGACUGCGACUUGGUGGCCGUCUUCGACGCCGACUUCCAGCCAGAGCCCGACUUCCUGCAGCGGGCCGUCCCCUUCCUCAUUCACAACCCUGAUAUCGCCCUCGUCCAGGCUCGCUGGAAAUUCGUGAAUGCAGAUGAAUGCUUGAUGACAAGGAUGCAGGAGAUGUCUUUGGACUAUCACUUUAAGGUGGAGCAAGAAGUGGGCUCCUCGACCUAUGCCUUCUUUGGAUUCAAUGGAACUGCCGGUGUGUGGCGCAUAUCUGCUCUGAAUGAGGCAGGUGGCUGGAAAGACCGAACCACGGUCGAAGACAUGGACCUGGCAGUUCGAGCAAGCCUCAAGGGUUGGAAGUUUGUAUACCUUGGUGAUCUCAAGGUAAAAAAUGAGCUCCCAAGUACGUUCAAAGCAUUUCGGUACCAGCAACAUAGAUGGUCAUGCGGGCCCGCAAAUCUGUUUCGGAAAAUGGUGAUGGAGAUCGCCAGAAAUAAGAAAGUGACGCUUUGGAAGAAAAUACAUGUCAUCUACAACUUCUUCUUGGUGCGCAAGGUUGUUGCACACAUUGUAACCUUCGUGUUCUACUGCCUUGUUAUCCCGACCACGGUCUUAGUUCCUGAGGUUGAGGUACCAAAGUGGGGUUGUGUCUAUAUUCCAACUAUUAUCACCCUUCUCAAUGCUGUUGGGACACCAAGGUGCCAAUUAUCUAAACAUCUAUGCAAUCUGUUUAAAAAAAUCAUCAAAUGUUGCAGGUCUGUUCACUUAGUUAUCUUUUGGGUACUAUUUGAGAAUGUCAUGUCAUUGCAUAGAGCAAAGGCCACCUUCAUCGGCUUAUUGGAGGCGGGCACGGCGAAUGAAUGGGUGGUGACGGAAAAGCUUGGUGACACCUUGAAGACCAAAAUGCCAAGUAAAGCUUUGAAAAAACUGAGGGUGAGGAUAGGAGAAAGGUUGCAUCUUUGGGAGCUUGGUGUUGCAGCCUACCUCUUCCUUUGCGGGUGCUACGACAUUUCAUUUGGGAACAACCAUUACUUCAUCUUUCUCUUUAUGCAAUCCAUCACUUUCUUCAUCGUCGGUGUGGGCUAUGUCGGGACAUUUGUUGCACAAUGAUGGUUAUCCAUCCUGAGUUCACCAUGUCUUUGAUGCUUCCAAGUUUCAUGGUAUGUAAUCCAUUUGAAAGAUAAG